AUGAUCAGGUUCAUUCUCGUACAGAACCGGCAAGGGAAAACACGGCUGUCGAAGUGGUACGUUCCCUACGAUGACGAAGAGAAGGUACGGCUACGAGGUGAAGUCCAUAGAUUAGUCGCACCAAGAGACCAGAAGCAUCAAUCCAACUUUGUCGAGUUCCGAAACUACAAGGUCGUAUACCGUCGUUACGCCGGUCUCUUCUUCUGCGUCUGCGUUGAUGCGAAUGACAAUGAGCUUGCGUACUUGGAGGCAAUCCAUCUAUUUGUGGAGAUCCUAGACUCUUUCUUCGAUAAUGUCUGUGAGCUUGACCUUGUCUUCAACUUCUACAAGGUCUACGCCAUCCUCGACGAAAUCUUCCUCGCCGGCGAAGUCGAAGAAACGAGCAAAGACGUCGUCCUCUCCCGUCUCGAACAGCUCGAGAAACUCGAAUGA